AUGACUGAUGACAAGACUGUGAUACCUCGUUUGCUGGCUCUGAGGAGUAUAAAAUUGAUUAAUACCGAACGGAGAUUAACUCCAAGGAAGGUUCUAUGUCAGAGAAGCUACUCGAGUAGACGUCCUGUUGAGGGAAAGACCGUUACAGGGUCGAGUAGGAAGGUACAGGAACAGACUAGUGUAAAGCAGUUGACAACUACUACCAAACGUCUUAAGCCUAUCAGUGGUGAUAAUAAGGAGGGUGUAGCGGCGGCUAGUGUGGUACAGCAUUGGUUGAGGCAGUUAGUACUGGACAUAGCACUUAGGGGGCGCAUCAAUGCUAUACCUGCUGCUGUAAGGCAUGCUGAUAAUCUGCCAGGUAGAGGAGAUGUAUCACAAGGAAUGGUGGUAUCAUCGUGUAGUGAGUUAGAUAAGGUAGAUGAUACUAGUAUAGUGGCAUCGAAUAGUAGAGGGAAUAGUGAAGGAUUGAGGUUAUUGACUAAGCUAGGAGGAGAUGGACUAGCUCUCAGUGUUAAGGAUAAGAAGGCAGUAGUUGAUAGACUUAGAAGGGUAUUAGAUAAUAAGAAGGAUGGAGUUUGUGAUGAUAACCAGCCAGAGGUGUUGGAGACUCAAGCUGAAGGAAGCAGGAAUGAGUAA